UGAGUUAAUCUUACUUCCCCUGCAUUUGAAUUAAUGAGUGUCUUGAUUUUCUUCCUUUUGAUGUUAUCAGUGGAGUCUGAUAACCUAAUAAUUACUAUCUGCUAUCUGCAAAGUACUGUAUAAACAUUAGCCUAUGCUCUUUGUCAUAUAGUUUCAGUGAGCGGCAACAACUACAGGACUGUUACAUGACUGGUAUCUUGGCUUGCCUCCCAGCUCCAGUAGAUAUUUCCAUUUAUCCUUUGUCCAGUGCCACAUCAAGCUUCUCUAUCUAGAAAAGUAACAAGGCCAUUGCAGGGUACCUACCACAGGUCAGAUGUAUUUGACAGCCUGAUAAGAUGAUCAGUUUCAUCAGAUGAAGUUUCAGGCAGGGGUUAGGAGUUGUACUGGGACAGGGGGUUUGGAACUAGGUAUCUUAAGGUCCUUUCCAACCCUAACUAUUCUAUGAUUCUAUGGUAGGUGAGAGUUUUGGUAAUCAAGAGAGGACGUAUCUUCGAUUUAUGACAUAAACUGACUGAAAACUGCGCUGGAGGCAGUGUGGGGAGAUGUUUGCACCGGGUAUUGCUCCUUUCAGUCAUUCCUGGCUGCAGUCAGAUUGUCCAUGCCCCUUUCUGUCCACAUUUGCUACCCAGCCUGCAUGUUUAUGGAAGUGACUGCUGAGACCAUUAGCAGGGGAGCAGCUCACUGGUGUCAUGUCAAGGCCUUCAAAAGAUAGGGGAAAGUCAGAUUCUUGCCAUUGGUACUGUACCAGGUCAUCUGCCAUCUCAUACAGACAGUAUUGGGGUUCCUACAGUUCAGGUAAUUUCUAAGGUUCCCUUCGGAACCAGUGGUUUCAGACAUAUCUUAAUUUAAAUCCAGACCCUGGGCACAGUGAUGCAGACAUUUUUUAAGUGAUUCAUAACUAGGAGGAGAUCUGUGCAGUGCUGCAGCACCACACCAGGAAUUAACCAACCCUUGAGAAGAUACAUGAGAAAUCCUCCAGCAGAGAGGAAUGUAGAUGUUGGCAAGGGCCAGGACUUGUUUCUUUGCUCUCCAGGCAUCUAAGAAAGCACAUCUGGAUCUGCUUUGGGUGAGCAAACAAAUGAGAUGCCCAUUCUUGCCAUUUUUUUUAUACCAGAUGUUAAGGGAACUGAACACAAUGAGCAGAAUACAAUCGUUAUUUUAGAAGGCAGAAAGCCAGUAAUACUCUUCCUUCCAUGCAGUCCUCCAGCACCAGCCACCUCAGCAUGUCAUGUUGCCUUCAACUCUUGGCUUGAAGGCCAGGUUGGCUGCUCCAGGCAGGGGCGAUGCUGCAGCUUGUGGCACUUCUUGGUGGCAGCAAGGUAGGAGCUUGGAUCCAGCUGUCUUCAGGUGGGUGCCUGAAGGGCUUCAGUGUGCUCCUGAGCCCCCAGGGGAAGAUGGGACACAGGCAGCAUGCCCACAUAGUUGGGGCUGGAGGGAAAAGGGGGCUUAUGUGGGGCUCCACAGACAAUGUCAGCCUCCCUUGGGCUGAUAAUGUCAGCAACAUGCUGGCAAAGAAGGAAAAGACCCACAAAAGGAGCUCUAAUAAUUUCAGCCCUCUGCCUUUCCUCUCCUUCCACCUCAUUGUGAAACGGUCAAGAUGGGCAUCACCAGGAAAAGAAAACAAGAGAAAGAAAGAUGCUUGUAAACCAGCUUGCCUCCAGUUUGGUUGGUAACCAGUGACCUCAGUUGUGAAAGUGUGCAGGCGCCUCUGGUACUCUGCAGCUUAUCUCUUCUUUACCCACAGAUGACUUUUGCUCCUUCCCAGUUAAUUCAUUAGGUAAAUACAGAUUUGCUGGGGGAGACACACUGAAGGCCAACACAAAUCCUGGCUUGCAAGGAAAUAAUAUUUUUAUUCUUUUUCCCUUAAUCGUCCCAAGAAAGAGCAGAUUUUGGGGGGAAGAGCACUGAGAGAUAAAGUUUGCUGGAAGAGUUGUUGGCUGCAGAGUCCAAGCCAUUUUGGCAAGACCAUCCUUGCACCUUCAUGGUCUCUCUCUGCUUUGUGAGACUGGGGUUGGUAUGUCCGGAGGAGAAAAGGCAGCUCAGUGUCUGAUGUGAAGGCAAUCCAGUGUCUGCUGCCCGCUGCCCUGCUUCAAGCUGCAGUCGUGGGGCCAGGCUGCAACAUGAGGUUGUUGAUGUCCAUCCUCAGAGAUUCCCUAGGGCUUCUGGUGGAGAAGCAAGCCUGACCACACGCCGUGGUGCUGCUCGAACACCAGUGUGGUGUACUUCUGUGUUUCAGGGACAACCCAACACCCAGGAGAAAACCACAGCCACAUCCUCCCGGCCAGUGUGGAAGCCACUGGGAAAGCACAACGUUGACCUCGGGUAGUCCUGACGUGCCGCUUCCAAGGAGCUCCAGCCAAGUGGGUGAAACGGGCAAGCGAGCAGGAGGAAGAUGGCAGAAACGGAGCUGACCAAGCUGUGUCCGCUCAUGAACGGCAACUGUGUGGGAAAUCAUGAAAACAAAGCUGACAGCUCCUGGGUUCUUCCCAACUUGCCCAGUAAGUGCACGUGGACACCUACAAUGCCUGCCUCCAAGUCUCCACACUCCUGCGUGCCCUUACCAGAAGAAAAAAAGAUCUUGCCCAACAUCCUGAAGAGAAUUGGCUGCACCCCAAUGGUCCAAGUCAACAAGAUUGGGAAGUCCUAUGGGCUCAAGUGUGAGCUCUUGGCAAAAUGUGAGUACUUCAAUCCAGGGGGCAGUGUAAAGGACCGCAUCGGCCUGAGGAUGGUGGAAGAUGCAGAGCGAGCUGGGAUUAUAAAACCAGGAGACACGCUCAUUGAACCCACUUCAGGAAACACAGGAAUCGGGCUGGCAAUGGUGGCUGCAGUGAAAGGUUACCGCUGCAUCAUUGUCCUGCCGGAGAAGAUGAGCACAGAGAAGGUCGAUAUUCUGAAGGCACUAGGUGUUGAAAUUGUGAGGACCCCAUGCACCAGCUUUGAUGCUCCAGAGUCUAACAUUCGUGUGGCCUGGAAGUUGAAAAGUGAAAUCCCAAACUCUCACAUCCUGGACCAGUACCGAAAUCCAAGCAACCCCCUGGCUCAUUACGACACCACGGCUGAGGAGAUACUGGAGCAGUGUGAAGGCAAGGUCCACAUGGUGGUGGUUGGGUCUGGCACAGGAGGCACCGUCACUGGCAUCGCCAGGAAGCUGAAGGAGAAAUGCCCAGAAUGCAAGGUAAUUGGUGUGGAUCCUGAAGGCUCCAUCGUUGCUCUGCCCAGUGAGAUGAACACAACAAACACCACAAACAUUGAAGUGGAGGGCAUUGGGCAUGACUUUAUCCCUACUGUCCUUGACAGAUCAGUGGUCGAUCAGUGGUAUAAAUGCAACGACAGAGACUCGUUCCUCAUGUCGCGCAGGCUGAUCAGGGAGGAGGGACUAUUGUGCGGAGGCAGCUCGGGCAGUGCCAUGUCUGUUGCCGUGCAGGCAGCCAAGGACCUGAAGGAAGGUCAGCGCUGUGUUGUCAUCCUGCCCGACUCUGUCAGGAACUACAUGUCCAAAUUUCUGAAUGAUAAGUGGAUGAUAAAAAACGGUUUCCUAAACGAUGCCCAGGAGCACAAGCCUUGGUGGUGGAACAUCAAGGUGCAGAAACUGAAUCUCUCGGCCCCUCUCAUUCUCCUCCCUGAAGUCAGCUGUCAAAAAGCAAUUGAGAUCCUCCAGGAGAAGGGAUAUGACCAAGCUCCUGUUGUUGCUGAAUCAGGGCUUAUUUUGGGAAUGGUGACCCUCAGCAACACCCUCACCUCAGUGCUAGCUGGAAACGCGCAGUUCUCAGACUCCGUUACGAAGGUCAUCUAUGACCAGUUCUCAAAGAUUGGCCUGGAGGACAGCCUCGGCAAGCUUUCCGGCAUCCUGGAGAACGACCACUUUGCUAUUGUUGUACAUGAGCAAAUGCAGUUCAAUGGGAACGGCAGCUCCUUCAUGAAGCAGAUGGUGUUCGGUGUGGUCACAGCCACGGACCUCCUCACCUUUGUCAGCAGAAAUGAGAAGAAGUAUCAGAGCAGCUUGGCUGUACCCUCCUCUGCUCCUCCAGCACAGCCAGCUGCCCCCCAAGCCUCUACCUCCCAGUGAGGUGCUUUCUAGUCUGAUCCAGCUGAUCAUUUCUCAUAAUGACUAGGUGAAAAUUGUACUGUAAUGACCAUUUGUCCGCUAAACGCCAUCCCAGAAUACCACUAACAACAAGAUAACUAAUGAAAUUGUGUUUAAUAGCCAUGCGUGGUUACAUGGAGCUUCCCAGGUAUGAAGGGGUAACACAGGGAGGGGUGGGGAUGGGAAAGGAGAGGUUGUUAUUGCACAGAUUUUAGCAGGUGGGGGUUUGGUGCUGGGAGGAUGGUGCCAGACUCGUUUCAGUGGUGCCCAGUGACAGGACAAUGGCCAUAAACUAAAACACAAGAAGUUUCACCUCAGCACGAGGAAGAGCUUCUUUAUGUUGAGGGUGGCAGAGCAGCGGAACACGCUCCUUACAGGGGUCGUGGAGUCUCCCCCUCUGGAGACAUUGAGGGCCCGCCUGGACACGUUCCUGUGUCACCUGCUCUGGGUGGCCCUGGCUUGGCAGGGCUUGGACCAGAUGAUCUCCAGAGGUCCCUUACAACACCAAUGAUUCUGUGAUUCUGCCGUGUAUCUGCUACCCAUAGGUACCAAUGCACUGCUGGUGCUGCCACGAGUCACCCUGGCCACACCAGUACCGGAGCCCAUCUCUGCUGUGAGAGAAGCAGGGCUGGGGCAAGCCACAUCAUGGCUGCACCCUUCUGCCCCUCUCCACCCUUCACAGGACAGCUGCAGGCACCCCUGGGAGACCCUCCUGCUUAUCCCCAGCUCUGUCUGUGGACCAAGGAGGCAGCAGGAAAGGCAGGGCCCCAGAGGAGUGGUGAAGAGUGAGGAAUGGGUGGGACAUUGCACCCCGGUAUGUGGAAGGUGGGGACCUGGGCAGGAGAGAUGUGAAGGGAGAGCCAAAGGCUGCGAUGGGUGGGGAAAGGAUGGCUCCCAUAGUUGCAACCGGCCUUUUGAAAACACUUUCCUUACCUCUGAGGGAGCUGGCAGCACUGGGUGUCUCUAGCACAGUCCCUCAGGAUGGGGCAGUGAACCAAACCUGUUCAAGAAGUAAAGACUCAUUCUCACAGUACAGUAACUGGGAGAAGGAAUAUGGCUUCAUCCCUGUGUCCUGUAACAGUCAUCUCAUGGAUAUGCAUCCUGGGAGCUCGUUGUUGAGGGGAAGGAGAGGUUGAUCUUAGUUUUGCUGUGAAGGCAUUGUGUUCCAUGAACUGAUAAUGAAGGUCAUAAGAGCCAUUUGCCAUGCCAGCACUAAACAUAAAUGAAAGCAAAAGUGAAAGGAGGGUGGGCCGUGGGAUCAAACUGAAGCACCAUUGAAACCUGGUUUGGGGGAGUUGCUCUCAAAGACACUCUGAGCUUUGCCAUUAGUCUUUCCAUAAGUCUUGGGAGCUGCUCCAAGGUGACAACAGCCAAUUCCAAUUCUGUUUUGCUGCCAAGUGUUUAGUCCAUACUUUCAGCCUAAUCUAGUUUAUACAAGACUUUUAUUAAAUUAUAGAAUGCUGAAGUAUUUAUAUUUAGGAAGAAUGUCUCUGUUGUCUUUUGCUUCCUGAACACAAGCUGUAUCAAAUCUUCUGCAAGUUUUUGCUUGAGUAAUAACCAUAUUUGUUGAGAAAAAAGUAAAAACUGAUUAGCUCAACCUCAUCGUGUUGUAUUUAUUUUAACAGCUCUGUUGCAAACCGAAGGAUCUUAGUCUGGGUAUGUAUUCCAAACUCACAUGAGUAAAAGUGCCCUGUAACUCCAUGGAGCCCAGACCUGAGCGUGAAUCUGGACCACCUUGAAGCCCAAGGCUG